AAUUAAGACUACAAAAAGAAAGGAAUCAAACCUGUUAUAAAAUCCAGUCAGAAUUUAGUCCUAACAACCCUUACACUCAAGCUCAGACUGAACCUAACUCACAACCUACAAUUCUAAAAGAGAAAGACUCUUUUCCUUCAAUGGAAAUAGUUAUCGAAGAAGAAAACUUUCUAAAACGAAACUGUCUUGCUAAAAAAGCAAAAGAUAAUUCUUCAGAUCUGAAUCAAGAAACAAACACCUCACCUUCUAACUCAGAAUCUUUGGAACCAGAAAGUGAACUUGUAACAACUGACUCACAUAAGAACAGGAAAAGGAAAAAUAAGAAAGAAAUACAAGAAAAUAAUACUAUAAUAACAGAG